AGUAUGGUGAUGGAGUCAAACGUAUGCGACUAGAUAUAAUCAUGACCAUCUGCUAUAAACUGUUACAACCCGCCUACAUUCUUGAAAGAUUGAAAGAUCUUAUCACAGAAUAUUACAAUAUAAAUGUUCUGUACCAUAUAAACACGAGCACAGUGCUGACAAACCUAGAAACAUGGUCAGGGUGACUAUGGCAGAUUCGAACCCAGAGUUUUAGAUCUCUAGUGCGCCUAACGGACACAGUGCUGAAGAGCGAACAGCGACGCCUCUCACGACCGUGCUACACUGGCCCCCAAGUUGCAGUUGCCAUGUUCAACAUGCCAAUACACAUAUCGAUGUCACGCACAUGACAAGAAAAAGCCAACAUGGUGGAUUGAUCUUAACGGGAUUACUUGGCAGUGCUUGGGACUACACUUUGAAAAGUAUAGUUUGGUUCACUACAUCAGUCAAAAAGACUCUCUGUGUCCUCUCCCUUGAUCUCAAUCUGACGUCCUACUGCCCGCAAGGGUACAGUUUCAAGUGGUCAGCGCUGUGACACUCCUGGAAUGCUACUGCAAGCUGUCAAGUCCAUAGUCUCCCACUCUACGUUGUGACGUGUGAACACAUAUGGAUAUUUCUACGAUAGCAGGUGGUACAAUCGUUGGUUGAAAAUGAUGGUAAAACAUAACCAAGUACAUGUAUUACUGGUUCUGACUGUGACUUUCAUCCAUGGUGUAUCCCCUACACAAGUCCCGUGUCCAGGUGGAGUGGCAACACUGGAGACAGAAUACACCAUAGCUGGUGACAGAAGCAGCUAUACAGGCUUUAUAUGGGUACGACCAACUGACGGCCGGUAUGUCGUCACCUGCAACCCCAGGUGCAGCCCUGUGGCUGGAUACAGUGCAACGAACGACACACUCUCUACACUCACUAUAGACAGUGUCGGAGUGAAUGAUACUGGCACAUGGAAGAUCGUGGAUGCAAAUGUAGUGGAUGCCAUCCCUGUAGACGUGUGUCAUCUCACCGCAGCUAAAACUCCCGAAUGUAACAUCAGUACUGAUGUGGACACAGAUGCCCUUGAGCUCGGCACAAACCUCACAGUCACAGUGUAUAUCAACGGCUACUACUGUUCCAAGGAAACUGGCUUCAAUCUUACCACUGGGGCUGUCAUGGAGACGUUGUCGACGAAACACAACGUCAGUGAUGUCAAGACUGACGUCAUUAACAAAACUAUCAAUAUUGACCUUUCACGUUUUGGUGACGUCACGGUGUCGUUUGCAUGUGACGUUAUGAGCAGUGAUCUGAGCUGUAGUGGAGUUAAGAGGUUGUUAAAAAGUCCCCCACAGUGCAACAUCAGCAGUGAUACAGACACUGAUGUACUGGAGCCAGGUACAAAUCUCACUCUGACAGUGGACAUGAGAGGCUACUACUGUUCUCAACAAGCUGGGUUUGAUCUAACUACAGGCAGCGUCACAGACGUCUUGUUGCAGAACCAGACCACGCACAACAUCACCGACACUGUCCAGCACCACGUCUUCAACGUCUCAUCUGAUCGUUUGGGAAAUGUCAGUGUUAUGUUUAGAUGUGACAACACCAAUAGAUCACUUACGUGCGAUGGAGUUUCCAAGUUGAGCGCUGCUCCUUCACCAACAACAGCCCCCCCAUCGACAGCUGCUCCUUCACCAACAACAGCCCCCACAUCGACAGCUGCUCCUUCACCGACAACAUCCCCGACACCGUCAGCUGCUCCUUCACCAACAACAUCCCCUACGUCGACAGGAACAAGCUACACGUCACCAAGCUCACCAACAGCAUCUGAGAGGUCGUCAACACCCACAAGUCCAUCUACUACAGAGUCAUCACCAUCCGACCUUACCUUAGGUCUUGCUAUUGGACUAACGCUGCUCUUUUGUGUAAUUGUACUUGGUAUUGUGUUGUGUUUCCGGGAAAGGCUUAAAAAAAUUGGAAGGUACAUUGUACAAAGUCCUGAUAAGAUUCUAAAACAGCGUCACGAAAUGCGAUCACAGCAACCGAUUCAGGACAACUUUUCAUCCAUAGGGUAAUUACCAUGUAUGACUGUACAUCACUCAAUUGUCAUUAGAUAAAAAAGCUGAUCUCAGUAUUAAUGAUCAUCACCAUUGCAUUGUGCCCUUUAAAGCCAAGGGGGGCACAGGGGGCCCUGUCGACUAAGACGCCGCGAUUCACUGAUCAGAUUUGCGUCCCUCCUAUGAUUGUGGUUCAAAUCCCGGUUCGCCCCAAUUAUGAUUUUAGGUUUUUCAACACCAUAUCCGAGUUCGUGGGUUUCAUCGAAGUGGUAAAUGUCUGAGAUCUGCAUCACUUAAGCCUUUCCUCCCACAUUAAGCUGACACGCCGUGAUAUAACUGGAUUACUGUUAAAAGGGGCGUUAAACCUCCCCAACUCACUCGCUCACUCACUUUAAAACCAAAUCACAGGGUCAAGCAGUGCACUCGUCUGUCCCAUAGAGAUCCCACCAUAGCCACCAUGCUGCUGGCCCUGCACUUAUAUAAGAACCACCAUACUGGCACCAACAAGAUCGACACUGGGGACUUAGUUUAUGGUGUGUACUUUAAUCGACACCGCCCAGUAUAUAUCAUGUGUGUUUAUAUGUGUAACUGAGUCAUGUAUGUUUCAUCAUAGCCAGUAUGGUAUUACCUCAAUGUGUCUUUCCGACACUCGGUAUUUUUAUGUGCACACUAUACCCCAAAUGACGUAUUUGGUCAAGCCUUUGAAAUUAUUUGUAGUGAGAUUCUUUCAAAUGUCUCCAGUCGAAGAGAGAUACCGGUGGGGCCCAGACAGUCCGUAGCUGUAUGGGUAGCAAGUCACAACGAGGCUCAUACAUGUGUCAUUUAUUUCAAGUUACAAAUAUGCACACUAUUGGUGUACUGAAUAUAUCUUUGAAUCCAAAUUCACAAUGUAUUAGUGCUAGAUGGUUGUAUGAGACGUCACACCUCAACAUCCGAGACUAUCAUCUAAUUAAUACAUCUGCAGCUAGAUGUGAAUAACCCUCAACUAAAAUUGUGUUGUUAUGGCAAACCAGAUUCAUGACUCCUUUCUGUGAAAUAAUUGUUACAGCUGUACAGUGGACAGUACCAGUAGUGAACUUUUACACAACAAAGUCGGCAUCAGUCCGGACUGGUACAAACAGCCACAUUCACGUGCAUGUACGUCGGUAUAUGAGUGCAAAAAUCUUGGACGCGACGUCGAACCCCAUUUUACCUCAUCUCAUAUGGCCACAAAAUCAAACUGGCUCGAUUAUCAUUUAUAUACCUGGUUGGUUCACCAGGUGGCACUGACUUAAUUAUCCUACCCACAGUUCAUUGCUUGGUUCACGGCCUAAGAUGACUGGCUCACAAAUCUCCACAAUUGUCACUUUUAGUUUGACUGAAAUGAUUUACAUGUGACACAGAACCAAUUGCCACCCACUAGAUCUUUUGACAAACCAGUGGGGGCAGGGUAUCCAAAGCCAACUACAUCGUCCACGCACAUUUCAAUGGCUGCAGAGCUUAACAAAGGUACCUGAAAAAGGCGGGUUGAUGGGGAUUUAUGAAUGAGCAAAUAAUCAUUUUCGAUGUUGUCGCUCUCUCAAGAUGAAUUACAAUGUUGGAUGACAAAUAACAAAAAGUGAAAUGAAUAUUAAUUGCGGAUACAAAUGAUAUUUUACUUUAUAUGAUGUUGCUAACACUAUUUGAAAUUACUGCAUUGUGGGCAAUUGUUGCUUUUAAACAAGGAUCGUGUGUCAAAUGGCCAGCUUAACGUGUAGUGUGUAUGCUGGCAUCUUUAUGGUCCGGAACAAGAGGCUACAAAGAUUGUAAAAGAAAAAUGUGAUUUUGUAACAGACCCACAAAUGUAACACAACUCCAAGGUAUGUAUGGUAUCAUGAGUGAAUGAAAGCUUAUGUGUGCCUAUUCAGACGCAUGUAAAUGAUGACUAAAUAGUAUCGACAUAUGCCUUAUACACCGAAUUGAAGGUCAUUGUGAAUAUGUAUGGAUCAAUUGUCAAACUGAUGAUCACCAUGUACGGCUGGGUUAUAUCAUUUUGGACUGUUGGAUGAAAUCUUCAUAAUUAUGAACUGCUGAUAUUGUUGUUGGAGACCCAAAUCUACAUAUUCCAACGUCCAUGGGAUAAGAGGCUUAAUAAAACAUCAUGUGAGAUCGU